AUGGUCUGUCCACAAUCUGCUUGUUUACCGUACACGAUAUAUGGUAUGGUCUGUCCACAAUCUGCUUGCUUACCGUACACGAUAUAUGGUAUGGUCUGUCCACAACCUGCUUGUUGGUUGGACAUGAUAUAUCGUAUGGUCUGUCCACAAUCUGCUUGCUUACCGUACACGAUAUAUCGUAUGGUCUGUCCACAACCUGCUUGUUGGUAG